AGUCAAUCAAAUCAUGAUGUAGAAAAAUGGUGUAGAACCUUUCUGCCUCUGCAAGAACUCUUGUACUAUUGCCAUUUGUAUGCUGAUUUCUUCUCAGGCAUUAACGUGACUUGCAUGAUGAAGUACUGAUUCCCGAGACACACACACAAACACGCUCUCAGUUUGAAACUUUUGAAUAGAGAGAAGAUAGAAUAGAAAAGAAACAAACAAAAACAAUGGAGGAGAAGAGUGAGAGUCCAUCGAAGUUAAACAAGAAAAGAGGGAGACCUAAGAAGAUCAAACAAGUGGAAGAAGAAGACAAGUUAAUCAGCAGCAGCAGCUGUGAUGAUGAUUAUAUUGUUCAAGAGACAGGGCCUUACCGCAUUGCUUCUCCACCAGGGCCAUUAUCUGCAACAGUAGAUACUCCUAUGGUCUCAAGGCGCCAAACUCGAUAUGCUAAGGCGCUCAUAGAUAAGGAAGCUGCAUUGAACGUUCCCUCAAGAUUUUCGUUCCAAAAUGAUGACGAUGAGAAUCCUUCUGUCAAUUCUACCUUUUUGCUGGUGAAGCAAAUUCUUCUUGACGCGAAAAAAGUGAAAACAGGCAGCAACAUUCCAGCCGAAGUAUUUGCUUCGGGAUCUCCAGUGCAAGCUCAGGACUUGCCUUCUCAAUAUGAGAGCACUCAUCCUGAUAAAAUUCCAGUAGCCUGGCACGGUACGACUAUCUCUUCCAAGAUAGAAAACCGGCCAACUGCCUUCAAGAACAUACUGGAGUUGAAGAAAGUUACCUCAGAUCUUCCUGCCCAAUCUCGGCAAUCUGAAUUGCACUUUGAAGCAACUCCUCCCUGCCCAGACAAAAUUAUGGUUGACAACAACAAACUCCCUGAGAUGGAGGCUAACGUUGACUCCAAUAUCUUUUCGCACGGGCCACAGCAUACUGCCAAUAGAAAUGCCCAAACCAGUGAGAAUCCUACUAGACCAUCAAUUCGUAAGGUUGUAGUCCAAGUUGAGAAUCCGUUUGUUGAUGUUGAUGGGUACAAAGUGAAAAGCGAAAUGGUGCCUCUCCUUAAUGCCAUCUUCGCAAAGUAUGGGGACAUUGCAAAACACAGCACGUUUUCAAUGGAAUCACGUUCUUGCCUCCUGGAGUUGGUUUGCAGCAUUUACAAGCGGCUGGAAGCUUCAAAACUAGCACAGUUGACGCUGUCGGAGCUGCAGUCCAUGCUCAGACAAAUUGGAGACCUGGAACUUGUCAAGGUGGAAGUCGGAUGGCUUCAUCAUCGGCUCAACCAGAUAUCCAAGGCCAGACAGCUAUUCGAGGGUGUUUCGACUUUCAAGGAUGUCGAAGCAAGAACCAUAGUAGCGAUUGAUGAAAGGAAGAAAGCUGUGGAAAUGUACAAAAAGGAGCUGCAAACUUGCAUGGCUGCUGUUAACAGGUUGCAAGAAAAACUCAGCCAAGAAAAGGAGGAGUUGGCUGAUGUUCAGUCUCUGGUUGAUCAAAUUAAAAUCUUCUAUGAGGGGAAGUUGGUGCAUGGACUUAUUUAGUUUUUUAGACUCUUUCAUGUUGUUUCUUUGACAUCUUUCUGGUCCAAAUUUGUCUGAAGGCAGAAGCAAGUUGUUAGAUUGCUUGUUGAGAUGUAUAUUUUGCAGUAGUUGUAGUUGCUAUUGAACUUAUUUUGCUAGAGAAUUGCUUGCCUGCUGCUUUUUGCCAUAAGACUUUGCUGGUGACCAAAUCUAGAA